AUGAUGCGGAACUUGCCCAACAAGUACACGCAGAGAAUGCUCCUCUUGGAGGUAAAUCAUGCUGGUUUCCUGGGAGCCUUCGACUUCUUUUACCUUCCAAUCGAUACAGAGACCGGUGCCAAUCGCGGCUACGCUUUCCUGAACUUCUUGGAUCCUGCGUUGGCCUGGAUGUUUCGCUUGAUGUACGAAGGCCGCAAGAUGAGCCGUUUCAACUCCAGCAAGGUCAUAACUGUUGUGCCGGCAACCCUCCAGGGAUUCGAGGCAAACUACAUGCACUACGCCUUUUCCAGGGUCAGUCGCGGCGAUCCCGCAGCUAGGCCACUCUUCUUGCGAGCUGCCAUGGCCUGGAGCGAAAGUGACGGCCGAGUGCUCAGUGGCUGA